AUGUCCAGCGUCAAAAUUUCAAAACACCCGCUCGUUGCUCACAAGUUGUCAAUCCUUCGUAAUAAAAAUACGAAGCCAAAGCAAGUGAGAGAACUUUUAAACGAAAUUGGACAACUUCUUGGUUACGAAGCAACAGCCGACUUGCCCAUAAAGGAAACAAAUAUUCUUACAAGUCCUUUAGGAGAAUAUACUGGAGUCGAAUUGGCGACAAAGAUAGGUUUUGUGGUGGUAUUAAGAUCCGGACUGAGCUUUGCCGAAGCCCUCCAUGAAAUAAUUCCAUCUGCAAGAAUUUUGCACCUCGGAAUUUUCAGGGAAAAGGUCUCGCUCCAACCAGUUGAAUAUUACAACAAGUUGCCUUCAGUGCCUAACGUUGACCAGGUCAUCGUUUUAGAGCCCAUGAUUGCUACUGGGGGUACGGCUAUCGCUGCAAUUAGCAUUCUAAGGGACUGGGGAAUUAAAUCCAAAAUCAAAUUUGUUACUGUCUGCGCCUCAAAACAGGGGAUCGAAAACAUCAUAGAAAAUCAUCAUGAUGUAGAAAUUUUUGUUGGCGCGGUUGAUGAAGUUUUAGAUGAACGCGGUUAUAUUGUUCCGGGAUUAGGCGAUGCCGGAGAUAGAUUGUACGAUACUCCAUAUUUAUGA